CUAAUGACAGCAGAGUCUUCUUCAGUCAUUUUUCAGCAAGUGCUGGUUCCUUUCUGGCUUGCUGGACUAGGAACGGUCACUGCUGGAAUGGUGCUGGAUGAAAUACAGCACUGGGAAAUGCUUAAAGAAAUCUCUGAAGUGUUUAUCUUGGUUCCUGCACUAGUGGGCUUAAAGGGAAAUUUGGAGAUGACUUUAGCAUCCAGACUAUCUACAGCAGCCAACACCGGCCAGCUAGACAAUCCCAAGCAGCAGACAUUGACGGUGUACACCAAUCUAGCUUUAGUCCAGGUGCAGGCCACAGUGGUGGGUUUUUUGGCUGUGCUGGCUGCAAUAAGCUUCGGGGGCUUGAUUAAGGGUAGUGUGGAUCUUCAUCAGGCUGUUGUACUGUCUGCUAGCAGUGUGACUACAGCUUUCAUCUCUGCUCUCACUUUAGGGCUGCUGGUGGCGGGGGUGAUCACUGGAUCUCGAAAGAUGGGCAUUAACCCUGAUAAUGUAGCGACCCCCAUAGCUGCCAGCCUCGGUGACCUCAUCACCCUCUCACUGCUCGCAGGGAUCGGCAGCUUCUUCUUCCAGUUUAGAGAGAUGUGGGAUUUACUUCUACUUGUAUGCAUUGUGUUCCUCUUGCUCAUCCCUCUCUGGGUGAUCAUUGCUCGCCGCAGUCCACCAAUCAGAGAGGUGCUGAAGUCAGGCUGGCAACCUGUUAUCAUUGCUAUGCUAAUCAGCAGUGCAGGAGGAUUGAUCCUGGAUAAGACUGUAAGUGACCCUCAGUUUGAAGGCAUGGCUGUGUUCACACCCAUCAUUAAUGGUGUAGGUGGGAACCUGGUGGGCAUUCAGGCCAGCCGCAUCGCCACCUACCUGCACUGCAUCAGUGUUCCUGGAAUCACAUCCCAACACAUUAAAACGUGCUGCCCUCAUCCUGGCAUGACUUUCUGCUCCUCAGCAGUGAACUCCAGAUCUGCUAGAGUUCUUUUGCUGCUGGUGGUUCCUGGUCACCUGCUCUUCCUUUAUACAGUCCAGUUGCUCCAGGGUGGACACACUGCCAUGACAUAUGCUUUUGUCUGCUGCUACUUGUGUGCUGCAUUACUGCAGGUACUAAUACUGCUGUAUGUGGCAGACGUGUUGGUGUGGCUGAUCUGGCGACAUGGUCUGGAUCCUGAUAAUUACUCCAUCCCCUACCUGACUGCACUGGGGGAUCUGCUGGGCACCAGCCUCCUCGCCCUCACUUUCAGAGUAACCUGAGAUCAGAUCUGGUUCUGUUCUGAUUACGACAUGUAAUAUACACAAGUUAAACAGAAAUAAGAAAAAAAAGUUUCAUACUUUUUCAUUUUAUUUUGGUGAAACAUCAUGACAGAUGUAUUAGACCAAUUAGACUUUCCCUGUUCAUAGACCACUUGAAUUCUUUAUGUAGAAUUCCA